AUGCAGGCUUGGAAGACGCUUAGCCGUCGUCCGACCUUAGCUUCCAUCAAUAUCACAUACCACAAGACAAUUGGACAUAGGCUGCGUGACAUAAUAGAAUAUGUGGGCAAUGUUACGCAUCCAUUUGUGAAACACAUAUUUCCCAACUUUAUUGCAGUGCACUACUUCUACAUCAUAACGCUAUCGAUAAUAGGGUCGAUACUAAUAUACCCCAUCAAAAACUUUGCUUAUAUCGAUAUCCUUUUCAUGGCAACCGGUGCGGCAACUCAAGGAGGAUUAAACACAAUCAAUGUUAACGAUAUGACUCUUUACCAACAAAUCGUUCUAUACCUUAUAUGCUGCCUAGCUACUCCUAUUUGGAUUCAUGGGGUUUUGGCGUUUGUGCGUCUCUACUGGUUCGAGCGUUACUUCGAUGGAAUCAGGGAUUGGUCUAAGAAGAACUUCAAAGUGAGGAGAACAAAGACGCUGAUUCAGCGCGAGAUGACUCGGACAGCUACCGAAGCUCAAAGACGGCAUAAAACUGCAGGCAGGGCCAAUAACGAUUUUCAAAGCAAGCUGUUCAGCGGGCAGAUGAUAAAACGCGAGGAGCAAGGCGGCGUCAAGGAAAAUUAUGAAAUGAACAGUCUAAAAGACGCCCCCACGGGGGGAUCGGAGCACAAGGAUCCACACACGAGUUCUUCAACUGGUACGACAAAAAGCGAUCAAGAGGACUCUCCUGCGAUCAAGUUUGGCGAUAUGCCCAAGCCACAUAAGUCCCCGAAAAAGCCCGCAGACAUUGAGAUGUUUAGCGGAAGGAGACGCUCGGAAGAUAUUACCCCCGCUGAUAUGUUUCGUUCUAUCGCUAUGUUACAAAAUCGGCACAAUGAAGAGGAAGAGGAGCAUGAUGGUCCGGCAUUAGUUAUACGAGGGCCCGCAGAAAGGCGGCAGGGUUCUGACCCGAGUUGGGCCUCCGUUCCUCAUAGCGGUAAUAUCGAAGAAACUAAAGAUAAAGAUUCCCGAAAGCCAGCUACUCAUUCAAUCAAUUCUCCCUCAUCUGCUGCAAGAAGCCCUUCUUUUCAUAAGGAGGCUGAUUACAGUCCUACCCAAUGGAGUUCUCAAAAUGAGUCAAGACCUCGGACUCCUUCUUCUAUUCAGUUCAAUAUUGGCAUGGUUCCAUCUUCCAAACCAGGGAACCCUCAAUACCAUUCUUCCAACCGGAAGAAGCUCAACACAAGAAUCAUGAAAAAACUAACCCCCCGUAACAGGCUCAGGAAAAGACUGCGAAAAACCGCUUCAAAUACGGACGAAGAUGGAAAUGACGCUGAUUUUGAGCAGGAUUCUCUGACCAGCGGAACUGACCACGAUCAAGAUGAGGAAAGCUUAGCUAGUUUUGGUUUGUCAUCUCAACACAGCAGCCAAGCUCCUAACAUGGAAAAAGUCCAAUCGACACUAGCGGUACCAUCCGGAGAUGCAACAGGGGGCUCAAAAUUCUACAAACGUUCUCUUACAAUGGAAGCACCGGGGAAUUCUGACUGGGAUGUUCUUACUAAAUCUCCAAGCUUCCAGAAGAUGAUAUACAACAAGUGGAAGGAUGAGCGUAGAAGAAAGAAAGGUGUCAUACACUCUGCGUACAGAAGGCCAUCUCUUGCCCACAGCACAAGUGAGCUAGAUAGUGGCUUUAAUCUCGGUCACGACGCCAGAACUAUGACUGACGAAGCGCUUUUCGGCAAUAACCAUGAUGAAGAAUAUUUCGGAACAACAUUCGAGGAGCCUACGGAUAGACCCCGUUUGAAAAGAAUGAGUACCAAUUACUUAUCGUGGCAGCCCAAAAUCGGACGCAAUUCUACUUUUGUUGGUAUGAACGAAAUUCAGCGAGCUGAGCUAGGUGGUGUAGAGUAUAGAGCCAUCAAGCUGCUGUGUAAGCUGCUUCUACUUUAUUACAUUGGGUUUCACGUUAUGGGAAUGGUAAUGCUAUUGCCAUGGAUUACACAAAUGAAACAUUAUGCAAAACUUGUUAGGGAAGAUGGCGUCGCCCCUGCAUGGUGGGGCUUUUUUACUGCAAUGAGCUCCUUCAAUGACUUGGGGUUGACUCUCACUCCAGAUUCUAUGGUAUCUUUUAACAAGGCAAUUUACCCCCUCAUUGUCAUGAUGUGGUUCAUUAUCAUUGGCAACACUGGAUUUCCAGUUUUCUUAAGAUUCAUUAUCUGGGUCAUGUUCAAACUCAGCCCUGAGUUGUCAUUGAUCAAAGAGUCUUUAGGGUUCUUGCUCGAUCACCCGCGGCGGUGCUUUACACUGCUUUUCCCUAGCGCUCCCACUUGGUGGCUAUUGUUUAUUCUCGUGACAUUAAAUGCCAUUGAUUUGAUCUUAUUUAUUGUACUUGAUUUGAACUCGCAAGUGGUGGAGGGGUUGACGAGUGGAUUCAAAGUGCUAAAUGGCUUAUUCCAAGCAGUCAGCACACGUACUGCGGGCUUCACCAUAUUGAACCUGAGCAAGCUUCACCCCUCAAUACAGGUUUCAUAUAUGUUGAUGAUGUAUGUUUCCGUGCUGCCGUUAGCAAUUUCGAUUAGAAGGACAAAUGUCUACGAGGAGCAGUCAUUAGGCAUCUAUGAUAAUGGCGGGGAUGAUGCACAUCAUAAAGACUCUUCUUCAGAUAGCCAGUCGGAGGACGAACGAAACCUAGAAAAAAGCGCGAAGUCAUUCAUUGGAGCCCACCUGCGGCGCCAACUCUCUUUUGACUUGUGGUUCUUGUUUUUGGGCUUGUUCAUCAUAUGCAUCAGCGAGGGUGGAAAAAUUCAAGAUACUAACAAGCCCGAUUUUACUGUUUUCCAGGUUUUGUUUGAAAUUGUUAGCGCAUAUGGCACAGUUGGUUUAUCAUUAGGAUAUCCUAACACGGAUCAGUCUUUCAGCGGCCAGUUUAAUACCUUCUCAAAAGUUAUUAUAAUUGGUAUGCUAAUCCGUGGAAGGCAUAGAGGUCUUCCUUACUCUUUAGAUCGUGCCAUUAUCCUUCCAAGUCAAAGUCUUGAGCGCCGUGACCAGUUGCAGGACUUGAAGCAAGAACAGCAUACGACAGAGGCAAAGGACCCGAUUGUUGAUUAUCUGCGCAGACAGUCGAGGUCUGCAAAAGGACAAUUAAGAAGUCUACUUUCACGCAGGAAGCGGCCUACUAGUGACGAAAGCGUACCGCUUCGAAGCUUCUCAAACCACGAAAAUUUGAGACAGCCUUCCGCGAGCAACGUCAGCAAUUUGAGCCCCGCGCCUCGUUCGUCUCCCCGCAGCCAGUCGCUUUCUCAAGGAGAUGCGGAAACCUACGGAGGCGAGGAAAGUUCAUCAAUCUCAAGUGACUUCCAGGAUAUGGCGGCAUCUGGUUCCUCGAUCGGGCCACGUAACGAAGAGGUCCCACAUUUUUCUGAUGAACCACCAACCGCGCUGGAGGGACCGCGUGCGUUUGAGCCAAAUACAUAG